UGCGUCAACUGAAGUUUAAUUGAGCAUGAGACUUUGCUAGUUUUCCUUGCUAUUACUUCCUUCUCACUUCCUGACAAACAUGGCAGAGGAAAGGGAGCCUAAAUGGGAAGGCAAGGCCUCGAUGGAGCUGAAAAACGCUACAGCAGACCAAGUGUGGCCCUUCUUCGAGGACUUCUGCAAUGCACAUAAGUGGUUUCCAAAUCUAGAAACGUCUUACCAAGUCGAGGGUGAACUAGGCAAGCCUGGUCUCGUCCGCUACUGUGCUUCCAAGCCAAAACCAUCCUCCGACGCCACUGGUGGGAGCAUCAUCAACUGGGUCAAAGAGAAGCUCAUCAUGAUCAAUCCGGUUAAACGGUGUAUGAGUUACCAGGUCACUGAAACUAACAUGGGAUUCAAUUCGUACACGGCCACAAUCCAAGUACUGCCGGUUAAUGGAGAUGGAGCAGGUGGUGAACAUGGGUGUAGGAUCGAGUGGUCUUUUGUUGUUGAUCCGAUUGAAGGGUGGAGAUUGCAGGAUUUGGAAUCCUAUAUUAACUCUACUCUCCAGUUUAUGGGCAAUAAAAUGGAACAAGCACUCUCUGUCUCUGCAUGAAUUUGCCUAUAUCUUUGUGGAAGAGAAGUAUUGUGUAAGCUUAUGAUAAAAAAGCUCUACUCUUUUAAGUAUAUCUUUGUGGAAGUAGAGUUAAUUACUUCAAUAAAGCUUUACAAUAUUCAUGAA